UUUUGUAUUCUCACCAGAGGCUACUGCUAAAGUGCAUGAUGCUCUAAUCUGCCUGGCCAAAUUUGGCGAGACGGUUUGCAUGGAAGCUCGUGGCGACAUGACAUUUUUCUUGUCAUAUGAUUUUGGCUUGGGACAAGGUGCUAGGUUUACAUGCCAACUCUACAACAAGAGCCGCAUAACAGAUCCGCGUGGCGGUGAUACAUCAAUAGACCGAUGUGAAGUCAGCGUGGAAGAUAAGCCGAAUAAGGUGCAGUGCCGCCUGGUUGUCAGGAUGAUCCUCAAGCAACCACUAGAGACAGCUAUCUCUCUACACAUCCAGGACUUUGAUGACUUUCAUGCCGAAGAAGACAUCCACAUAGUCAUCAAUGUCAAAGACUUCAAAGCCAUCGUAGUUCACGCCGAGACUUUAAAGGCACCAAUGUCUGCUCAGUUCUCUCGUCCUGGAAGACCAUUGUUAUUCAGGUACACUGAUAAAGGGCUGACUUGCGAAUUUAUACUCAUGACAACUGGAAUAUCUCAAGCCGUUCCGCCCGCAACAGCACCAAAAGUGGCAUCUACCCGCCCUGUCAGUCAAGCUUCUAGGCAGCCCUCAGCUGUACCGCUUCGUCCGUCAGGACAAUCGACAGUAGAUCCAGACGCGUCUACAAGACAGCCAUCUGUAGCUUCAGGCAUGCCUUCAAGACAGACUUCUCAUGCAGUAGUACAGACGUUCGAAGACAGAAACACAGAGAUGGCACCUCCACCAAAACCUGCCCCUGCCGCUGGUCUGCGCGAACGACGGGUCUUGGGCAGUCUUGGACGUCAAAUUUCUCAAGCCACAACAACCUCAAACGCGGAUCCUGACCCUGAGAGUUUGUUCAUGCCACAAGGCGACGAAGAUGACAGUCGGUUCGAUCCAACGAAUUUCGACGAAGAGCCAGAGGAGAUGCUGGGCUGGGAUGCCAAUGCAGAUGUCACUGGCGGAUUUCAUCCGACCUUCCGCGAUGCCAUUACUCAUGAGCCACCGCCGCUCAGCCAAAGUCUGAACAGAAGUACACAAGGUCUACCUCCUACGCAAAGACUUUCUCAGGUGCGCUCAUUGCUUUUGUGUCUGAUACUG